AUGGCCACUAUUCUUGAAAGUGGCAUUCCGGCCACUGUCGAAGUUGUAACAAAUGGUACUCAGCAUGGUAUUUCGAGUAAAGCGAGUGGUGUCCUAUCAACAUAUUUGCCUGAUUCGAACUGGCAGAUAGCUGUCACGGCUUUAUUGAUUCUAAUCGCAUAUGAUCAGUUUUUAUAUAUAAAACAGAAAGGCUCAAUAGCUGGGCCCAUGUUCAAGAUUCCGCUCAUGGGACCAUUCCUGCAAGCAAUCUACCCAAAAUUCGAUGCCUAUCUUGCACAAUGGGCCAGUGGCCCCCUUAGUUGCGUAUCUGUAUUCCACAAGUUUGUUGUCUUAGCCUCAGACCGCGAUCUAGCGCACAAAGUCUUCAAAUCUCCAACAUUUACGAGGCCAUGCCUUGUUCCGAUGGCGAUAGAAAUAAUGCGUCCUACGGCAUGGGUCUUUCUUAAUGGAAAAGCGCACGCUGAGUUUCGCAGAGGAUUGACGGGCCUAUUCACAAACAAAGCUUUGAGCAGGUAUCUGCCAGUUCAAGAAAAGGUCUACGGGGACUAUUUCAAAAAGUUUGUUCAAGCCAGCAAAGAAAACAAGGGAAAGCCCACCGUCUUUAUGGGUUGGUUCAGAGAGAUCAAUUGCGCCUUAUCUUGUCGAACAUUCUUUGGAGAUUACAUCUCUCAGGAAGCAGUCAAGAGAAUUGCAGACGAUUUCUAUCUUGUUACUGAUGCUCUCGACCUUGUCAACGUCCCGCUCUCUAUUUAUAUCCCAUUCACCAAGUGCUGGCGAGGAAAGCGUACAGCAGAUGCUGUGCUGGCAGAAUUUACAAAGGCUGCUGCUGCGUGUAAGUCCAAUAUGGCUUCAGGUGCCAGACCAACAUGCAUAGUUGACCAAUGGGUCGAGCACAUGUAUGAAUCUACAAAGUACAACGAAGCCAUUGCGGCGGGCGCUGAAGGAAUCGAGAAGCCGACCAAUCUUAUUCGCGAAUUCACACCGGAAGAAAUUGCCCAGACGCUAUUCACAUUCCUUUUUGCGUCUCAAGAUGCAUCUAGUAGCGCUACCACAUGGCUGUUCCAGAUUCUGGCUCAGAGACCGGAUGUUUUGGACCGCUUAAGAGAAGAGAACUUGGCUGUACGAGGCGGCGACAAAAACCGACCGUUCGAACUUGGUAUGUUCGAGUCGAUGAUUUAUACGCACGCCGUGAUCAAAGAGGUCCUCCGUUACCGCCCGCCAGUUAUCUUUGUGCCUUACCUAGCCACUAAGGCGUUUCCAGUUACUCCAAACUACACAGUUCCUAAGAACGCCAUGAUUGUUCCCUCUUGUUACCCGGCUCUUCACGAUCCAGUAGCCUACCCCAACCCUGAUGUAUUUGACCCAGAACGGUGGAUUACAGGUGAUGCUGAGACAAAGACCAAAAAUUGGCUGGUCUUCGGCGCUGGUGCACACGACUGUAUUGCAAGAAGAUAUGUGCCGCUUACUCUUGCUCACAUGAUUGGCAAAGCUUCAUUGGAGAUUGAUUGGGUGCACCACGCAACAAGCCGCUCGGAAGAGAUUCGAGUUUUUGCUACCUUAUUCCCUAUGGAUGAAUGCCCGCUUGUCUUUACGAAGCGAGAAUAA